AAUCACCAAAUCCAUGAAAUGACACGCACAUAACAAGUAGCAGACAAUCUGCUGCUCUGACCACUUCACCAUUUCCAAGCUUUUCUUUUCUUUUUUUCUAAUUCUUCCCGCGUUAAUCAAAUAUCUGUUGAUUGAUUCUUUAUUCUUUCCUCUUCAACAACUUCAUCUCUUUCUUGCAGAAUUCAUCCAACAGCUGACCCUUUCAACUCCCUAUCUUCAACUCCAUCAAACUCCCUUCUUCUCUCUCUCUCUCUCUCGCUCUCUUUCUCUCUCAUGUCUAUCUCGCUUGCGAUUAUCCACCAUGAUGAUCACCCCCUUCCUCUUCUUGUCAUUUCUCCUGCUCCCAGUUGCCUUAUCUCAGCUCUUCAGAGAUGUAUUUAUUGAUUGUGGAGCUAAUGUUAAGUCCACCUUCAACGACUUGGAAUGGCUCCCAGACAACGAUUACAUAUCCGCAGGAACUUCCAAGAAUAUUACAGCACCAGUUCUGGUCCCAACUCUGGCCACUGUGCGUACUUUUCCUCUACAGAACAAUGCUUUCAAGAAGUUCUGCUAUGAAAUUCCGGUUGAUCGGACGAGGAAAUACCUAAUCAGGGCAACAUAUUACUAUGGGGGAGUUAAUGGGAACGUUAAUCCCCCUGUUUUUGAUCAGAUAGUUGAUGGGACACUGUGGAGUGUGGUGAAUACAACUGAUGAUUAUUUAAGAGGGGAUUCGAGUUAUUACGAAGGGGUGUUUAUGCCCACAGGGAAGAAUUUGAGUGUGUGUUUGGCUGCGAAUACUUAUACCGAUUCUGACCCUUUUAUUUCAGCUCUUGAGGUUGUGCUUUUGUGGGAUCAGUUGUACAAUUCCACAGAUUUUAAAGCUUAUUCUUUGAGUUUGGUGGCAAGGCACAGCUUUGGGUAUGAUGGACCAGUGAUAGCAUAUCCCGAUGAUCAGUUCUAUCGCUACUGGUCACCAUUUGGAGAAGAUGCAUUUCCCCAAUCAAGUUUACCAAAUCUUGCUGUUUCCGGUAUCUGGAACCUGCCCCCUCCAAAAGUGUUCCAAACACGGUUAGCAAAAAGUCAGCCUGAGCCUCUAACAUUAUUUUGGCCACCGGGUCCUGUUGCAAGUGACAAUUAUUCUAUUGCUCUAUACUUUGCGGACGAUCAAACUGCUUCAGGGAGCUCUAGAACAAUUGACAUAACCAUAAAUGGUGUUGCAUAUUACAAUAACUUGAGUGUGAUUCCAGCUGGUGUUGUUGUGUUUGCAAAUCCAUGGCCUCUUUCUGGCAUUACGAACUUAACCUUGGCUCCUUCUCCUGGAUCAACUGUCGGUCCUCUGAUCAAUGCUGGAGAGGUUUUCCAUAUGCUUCCCACUGGAGGGAAAACUCUCCCACGUGAUGUAAUUGCAAUGAUAAAUUUGCGCAAAAGCUUUCAGAAUCCUCCAGCUGAUUGGCAUGGUGAUCCAUGUUUACCCAGUGGAUAUUCAUGGACUGGGGUUACUUGUUCCGAAGGACCCCGGAUUCGAAUAAUCACAUUAAACCUGACGAGCAUCGGCCUUUCAGGAUCAAUUUCACCAAGUAUUUCCAGGAUGACGGCACUAAAUAGCAUCUUGCUCGGAAAUAAUAGCUUGAUGGGAACUAUUCCAGACCUCAGUUCAUUGAAGGGAUUGGAAAUUUUGCAUUUGGAAAACAAUCAGCUUGGUGGAACGAUUCAUCCAUCAUUGGGAAACUUAAGGAACUUACGAGAACUCUUUCUUCAGAACAACAAUCUAACUGGUCAAGUACCAAGCAACCUUGCUCAAAAACCUGGAUUGACACUCAGGUAUACUCCUGGCAAUCCAUUCUUGCAUCCUUAACAGCCAUAAGGUUGUCCGAUCCACCAUUCUUUGGUCUGCUAAAAGUUCUUGCAAGAUCGAGCAGAAGGGUUGAUCAAGUUGUUCAGUUAUAGUUGUCUGAGGUAUAGGAAUUCAGGUUUACGGUUCGCCCACUUAACCACUUUUCCACUAUUUUCAUGAGAACCGGUAUUCGAUUCAUUCUAAAUCACUGCCAGUCAGAAAAUGAACAUGAUUGAUCCUUAGUUCAAGUGUACAUCAUUGUUUUUUUGUACCAAAGGGCUGUUUGUUCUUUCGACAGUUCGCAGCAUUUUUAUAACAUUCUUUUUCUGUAUUAUUUUUGCACAGUUAGCCUGUAAACUUCCCGUCUGAUUACUGAAUAACUCUCCUUGUAUCUCUUGGUAAUGGUUCUUACACCGUUUUUUCUCAGUU